AUGCCGAAAGAAGAUGCUCACCUCAUCCGUGGUUACCCCAGGAAGGGAUAUGGACACGCCUCCAUCACGGCUGAAGAGGCCGCAGGGAUUGGCAUCCUGAUUGUGAUUUUGGGAAUCUUAUUGCUCCUGAGUUGCUGGUAUUGUAGACGACGAAUCGGAUACAGGACUGUGCAGGGCAAAAGCCUUCAUCCUGGUACCCAGAACACCCUGAGGAAAGGACACCCAUACAAGGAGCUUGCUCAUCAGGAAAGCAAACUACAUCUCAAGGAUGUUGUCUAUGGACCUGUGGUCCCCAAUGCUCCACACACCUAUGAGAAACACUUUGUACAACAAUCACCACCGCCUUAUUCACCCUGA